ACAAGCGGGAGUAUCCCUCUCGAUUCAGUCUUUACUCUCUAUGAAACCACUCCGCUUUCCUCGAGCAACCUAGGGUUUAACGAGGCAAUGGUUGCUAUGGCGCCUGCGGUAUCGCGGGAGAAGAUUGCUGCUCGAAUAAAUUCGAUUAAGAACGGAGCCUCCGCCGAUCUGUCCCCGAAACUCGACCACCUCCGGCGACUGCGGGAGGAACUCAUGUCGGCGGAUUCCCAUCUGGUUGUGGAACUCAUUUCCCCUCUUCUCGACCUUCUCUCAGACCGUUUGAGCCCCGUCCGCAAAUUCACCACUCGGAUGAUUGGUGAAAUUGGUUUAAAGCACUUGCAAUUGUUACCUGAAAUUAUACCAGCACUCGUAAAUGUUCUGAAAGAUGAUACACCUGCUGUUGCUCGACAGGCUAUUUCAUGUGGUUUUGAUAUAUUCCGCUAUUCUCUGGUCAACGUCGCCAUCCAGGGGUUGUACUCGAGUGAGUUUGAUGAUUCACUGCGUUCAUCAUGGGCAUGGGUUAUCAAGUUUAGAGAUGAAAUAUGCUCAAUGGCAUUUAAGGAGGAAAGUGAAGGGAGAAAGUUGCCUGCAUUGAAGUUUGUGGAAUCUGUAGUGUUACUUUACACCCCUGAUCCUAAUGGCUCUUUGGAGCCACCUUCUGAUAAAAAUUUUCAAGGAAAUUUUGAUGAAUUCAAUGUCUCAUGGCUACGUGGUGGACAUCCCCUUCUCAAUGUUAGAGAUUUGUCAGCUGAGGCAAGCCAAAGUUUAGGUCUUUUGCUUGAUCAGCUGAGGUCCCCAUCUUUGAAAUCACAUAGUUAUUUGGUGAUCAUAGUUCUAAUUAAGAGUCUUUCAGCUGUUGCAAGAAAGAGGCCUGCCUUUUAUGGCCGCAUUCUUCCUGUUUUACUUGGUUUGGAUCCUUCAAGUUCUGUAACUUCUGUUAGUAAAGGCAUGCAUCUUGCUGGGGUGCAUCAUGCUCUGAAGAAUGCAUUUGAAUCUUGUUUGAAUUGUACUCACCCUGGUGCUGCACCGUGGAGGGAUCGUUUAGUUAAUGCACUAAAAGAAAUUAAAGUUGGAAAGCCAGUUGCACAAGCUGCCAAUGAUAUGUCAGAGAACAAUGGAAGAACUGAGUGGACAAGGGAUUCCGAUGUAUCUCAAAUUCUUGAGGAUGAAAAACCUUCUAUUAAAUCUCUGACAGAGCAUGGUAAUACUGGUCGAAAGAGAACUGGAGGGCUAGUUACAGUAGAUGCUACUGAAGAUGAUAACUCCGGAAAGCGUGCAAGAUCAACACCUGGCGAUUUAGAUGGACCAGGCAAUGAAAGGAAUCAGGGACAAGAUAGAGUGCCAUCUAGUGGAACAACACCAUUUUCAGAUGUAGAUAGUGGGCCAGUGCAGCAGCUUGUGGCAAUGUUUGCUGCAUUGGUUGCUCAGGGUGAGAAAGCGGCUGCUUCUUUGGAGAUUCUCAUCUCUAGCAUUUCAGCCGACUUAUUAGCCGAAGUAGUUAUGGCCAACGUCUGGAAUUUUCCUCCAGAAAGACUUCAAUCUGAAGGGGAUGAAGAGCCGCUCACAAGUGCGGCUGCUCAUACUGAGAUGGUUGAAAGUGAUACCCACAUCAAACAUUUGUCGUUGUUGCUAAAAGAUACACUGUUACAAUUUACAUCCUCUCAAGAGACAGAAACUGGAAAUGGAGAUAGUGAGCUUGAGCAAAAUCUAGAAGAGGAACCACCAGUAACCUUGGCUGGCAGUAAUGUUGCACAUGAUGACUUGAGCAAUACAAGGGAACAUACUACAGUCCCUGUCAGUGAGUCUGCUUUUUCUGGGGACAUUUCAUAUCCAAUGGAGACUGGUUAUGCAGUGAUCACAUCUGAAGUCACUGAUAUUGAAGGUAGAGAAAAUGAAAUUCCAGGACUAUCUUCAGCUACUGAGGGUGAUGGAUUAACUGAGAACAUGGAUACAAUUCCAAAGGGCUCGGUUCAUUCAGAUGAUGCUAAUCAAGAGAAAUCUACUAAUUUGGGUGGGAUAUCAAUAGAAACAGAUAGAACACCAAAUGAAUUAGCUCAAUCUUUAUCCACGGAUAGGUCUGAAGAGCUUAGCCCUAAAGCAGCAACCACAGAUGUGAGUAGCUUGAAUUCCUCAACCGCAACUUCUAUUGGGUUAGCUUCUCAGUUGGUUCUCCCCAAGAUAGGAGCCCCUGUCAUCCACCUAGCUGACGAGCAAAAGGAUCAGCUACAACAACUUGCUUUCGUGCGCAUUGUUGAUGCUUAUAAACAUGUUGCUGUUGCUGGUGGCUCUCAAGUCCGUUUUUCUGUCCUCGCACAUGCAGGAUUGGAGUUCCCUUCUGAGCUAGACCCAUGGAAGUCACUGCAGGCUCAUGUAUUGUCAGACUACGUAAAUCAUGAGGGGCACGAGUUAACAUUGCGCGUCCUCUACAGGUUAUUUGGUGAGGCAGAAGAAGAUCGUGACUUCUUUAUUUCAGCCACUGCUAAAUCUGUCUAUGAAGCAUUUCUUCUCCAAGUGGCAGAAACACUUAGAGAUUCUUUUCCAGCUUCUGACAAAUCUCUGAGUAGAUUGCUUGGGGAAGCCCCGUAUCUUCCAAAGUCAGUUUUUGAAAUGUUGGAUUGCUUAUGCUCUCCUAGUGCUGGUGCUAUCUCAGACAAGGAGUUGCCUGGUGGAGAUAGAGUUACCCAGGGGCUCAGUGCUGUCUGGAGCUUGAUUUUGCUCAGACCUCCAAUUCGCGAUGCUUGCCUCCAAAUUGCUUUGAAGAGUGCAGUGCAUCAAUUAGAAGAAGUUCGAAUGAAGGCAAUACGGCUGGUUGCAAACAAGCUUUAUCCUUUGUCAACAAUAUCUGGAAGAAUUGAAGAUUUUGCGAAGGAUAUGUUGCUGUCAGUUGUAACAGAUGAUGGAAUCUCUACGAAGGAGGCUAAUGAGCUGCAGAAGGAUGAAAAUCCUUCAAGUGAAAACCAGCCAGGUAGUUCAGCAUCUAAAGAGAUUCCCCCAGAUGGUCAUCAUAUGACAGCAUCUGAAAGCAGUUCAUCUUUUACUGUGGUUGAGGUUCAGCGUUGCAUGGCUCUUUAUUUCGCACUGUGUACAAAGAAACAUUCUCUCUUUCGACAAAUUUUUUAUGCGUAUAAAGACACAUCCAAAGUAGCAAAGCAGGUAGUUCAUCAACAAAUUCCAUUACUUGUUCGAACUAUUGGCCCAUCUAGUGAUCUCCUUGAUAUAUUAUCUGAUCCACCAAUAGGAAGUGAAGGCCUAGCAAUUCAGGUAGUGAAUACACUGACAGAUGGAACAGUUCCUUCUCCAAACUUGGUAUCUACCAUUAAGAGGCUGUAUGAUACAAAGCUGAAGGAUAUUGAUAUUCUGGUUCCUGUAUUACCUUUCUUAUCAAAAGAUGAGGUUCCAGUACUUUUUCCCCAUCUUGUGAAUGUACCGCUGGAUAAGUUCCAAGUUGUGCUUUCUCGUCUUCUUCAGGGGUUCAAUCAUUCUACUCCAGUCUUAACCCCUGCUGAAGCAUUAAUUGCCAUCCAUAAGAUUGACCCUGAAAAAGAUGGAGUUCCUUUGAGAAAGAUAACAGAUGCUUGCAAUGCUUGUUUCGAACAGAGACAUACAUUUUCGCAGCAAGUUCUGGCCAAAGUGUUGAAUCAAUUGGUUGAGCAAAUUCCUUUACCCUUUCUAUUCAUGCGUACAGUAUUGCAAGCAAUUGGUGCUUUUCCUUCUUUGGUCCAAUUCAUAAUGGAGAUUCUAUCCCGUCUUGUAAGCAAGCAGAUUUGGAAGAAUCCAAGGCAGUGGGUGGGUUUCGUGAAGUGUGCUCAUGUGACCAUGCCAGAUUCAUUUGGUGUUCUGCUUCAGCUACCGGCAGCACAGCUUGAAAAUUCAUUGAAUAGAAUACCAGCUCUCAAGGCUCCUUUAGUUGAACAUGCAAGCCAACCGAACAUAAGAUCCACGCUUCCGAGGUCUACCUUAACUGUUCUUGGCUUGGAGCAAGAGCUACCAACCUCUACCACACAACCAACUCAAUCUCAAACUCAGACCGAAGAGGCCGAUAAUUUGGAAAAGGAAGCAGCGACAGAAAAGUCCAAAGAAUCUAUGUAAAUCUAUACUAAAACUGAUUAGUCUUCUCCUCCCAAAAACAUCUAAUCCACAAUUUCCAUACAAGUUUUGUAUUCUAACUUUUGGAAAAUAAUAGGCCUUAUCGAUUAAUUUCA